UGGCUGGCCCGGCCCCUGAUUGGAAGCGGCCCCUGUGGUCGGGCCCCGCCGACAGGCCUAAGGGCUAUUUAACCGGCGCCCCCGGGGGGGGGGCCGCUCGCCUGCAGGACACAGCCCGGGGCCAGCCCCAAAGCCCCCCGACCGUCACCUUCGAGCAUGUAUGUUUGAAUCUCAUAGUUUGGGAGUUCCCCAAAGUCAGUAAGUGACUCAAGAAGUGAGGCCAAUUUGCCUGCUUUAAUCCAACAUGUCUACCGAAGUGGAAACCAACACGAACGGUCAAUCUGAUCAACAGCAGGCUGCGCCGAAGGUGCCGUCGAAAAAGGAGAAAAAGAAAGGUUCCGAAAAGACUGAUGAAUUCCUCUUGGCAAGGUUCAGAGGUGAUGGGGUGAGGUACAAAGCCAAGCUCAUUGGCAUUGAUGAUGUGCCAGAAGCAAGAGGAGACAAGAUGAGUCAGGAUUCAAUGAUGAAGCUCAAGGGAAUGGCCGUAGCCGCUCGGUCUCAAGGGCAACACAAACAGAAGAUCUGGGUGAACAUUUCACUCUCUGGAAUUAAAAUCAUUGAUGAGAAAACUGGGGUGAUCGAACACGAACAUCCUGUGAACAAAAUCUCUUUUAUUGCCCGUGAUGUGACGGACAAUCGGGCUUUUGGCUACGUAUGUGGGGGAGAAGGACAACACCAGUUCUUUGCCAUAAAAACUGCCCAGCAGGCUGAACCCUUAGUAGUUGAUCUCAAGGACCUCUUUCAAGUAAUCUAUAAUGUCAAGAAAAAGGAAGAUGAAGACAAGAAAAAGACUGAAGAAGCCAACAAGACUGUUGAGGGUGUUGACCAGAUGGAUCUGUUUGGGGACAUGUCUACACCUCCUGACUUGAAUAGUCCAACGGAAAGUAAAGAUAUCCUGUUAGUGGAUCUAAACUCUGAAAUCGACACCAAUCAGAACCCUAGCCGAGAAAAUCCUUUCCUAACGAACGGCCUGACCUCCUGUUCUCUUCCUCGACCAAAGCCACAGACACCCUUCUUGCCUGAAAACGCUUUCUCUGCCAAUCUAAACUUCUUUCCGACCCCCAACCCAGACCCUUUCCGCGAUGAUCCUUUCGCCCGUCCAGACCAAUCAACACCCUCUUCAUUUGAUUCCCUCAAACCUCCAGAUCCGAAGAAAGAAAACGCGAGUAGCUUCUUGACUCCUCAGCUAAACAAUGGCUCUCUGAAUGGUGAUAUUGAUUACUUUGGACAACAGUUUGACCAGAUCUCUAAUAGAACGGGCAAACAGGAGACAAAGGCAGGCCAGUGGCCAUUUGCGAGCGCACAAAGCCAGCCAGUAGUAAGGACUUGGAACGGGGUGUCUGGGAAAGAACAGAACGGCUUUCUUAUCCAGUCUCCCCCAAACCCUCUUGCGGGAGGCUCUGCCAAAGGACCGUCACUACAGAACGGAGUAAAGCAGGACUCUGAACCCCUUGGCCCAUCCCCGUCUCAUGACUCCAUAACCAUUAUCCCACCUCCACAAAGUACCAAACCAGGAAGAGGCAGAAGGUCUGCUAAGUCUUCAGCCAACGACUUGUUUGGGACAGACAUCUUGGCUACCCCCAGCCCAGAAGCCCCAGGCCAGACUUCACCUACUGGACAACAGGCACCCGGACAGACCAACCCUCUGGACCUCUUCAAAAGCAGUGUUCCCCCAUCAUUGAGCCCUCUGGGGGGCUUAGGUGGCUUGCCAGUCCCACCAUCUCAGACAGGACCGUGGAGCUCACAGCCUCUAGUGUUCAACCCGCCGUCCUCGUCCGUCCUCCCUGGCCCCAUGAUGGGCACUCAGUCUCCAGGAUUCAGCCAGACCCUCCCCUUCGGUCCGGCCCCCCAGGUUCCAGGCUGGAGUCAGCCGACCUCCUUUGGCGCCAUGCCCUCGACUCCAUCCCCCGCCCUCUGGGGCCCUGUGGCGUGCAUCUCGACGAGCUCGUGGGUACCUCCAGCCCCUGUAGGGAACCCCUUCCAGCCAAGCGUCUUCACCUCUCCCACCCUGCCUGCCCAGCCGUCCACCAUGCUGGCCUCAGGCCCCAUCACUCCUCCUCAGCCGCCUCCUAGAUCGGUCCCACAGAAGGAAGUGUCUAGCGAUGCCUUCACGGCCUUAGACCCUCUGGGGGACAAAGAGAUCAAAGAUGUGAAAGAGAUGUUCAAGGACUUUCAACUGAGGCAGCCCCCGGCAGUGCCGGCCAGGAGGGGAGAGUGUACUACUUCUGGGGCCUCUGGAGCUUUCAACAGCUACUUUAAUAGCAAAGUUGGCAUUCCUCAAGACAAUGCUGACCAUGAUGACUUUGAUGCUAGUCAACUCUUAGCUAAAAUUAAUGAACCACCAAAGCCCGCUCCCCGACAAAGCACUCUGCCAACUUCUAAACCUGCCGAAAGCGUAUUUGAGAAUCCCUUUGGGACAGACCCUUUCAGUACUCCAUCGCCAACCCCUGCAAGUGCUCUGUCACCUCAACCGCCCCAACCAUCUGAUCUAUACGGGGAUCCUUUCGGGAAUCCAUUUGCAUAACUUCCUCAUCAAGACCAACAAAGAGUUUUGCCACAUUUGCCAAGGACAAAGCUAAUAACCAGGCACCUCCUUGUCAUUGUCUUGACUUAAGCAUCCAUCUACAAUGGCUGUUGCCUCUCACUUAAAUGUCUUCUGCUUUUUGUUCAGACAUAAAGUCUGGCUUUUAAGCCUGGCUUGAAACAAACUGUAAGUACCGGAAUGUCCGAACUUAAAACAAGUCGAGUGAACUCUCCCAAAGGAGACUGUCAGUCCUGCCGACCUGAAGCCUCUUCCCUACCUUCCUGUGGCACUAUAGUACACUUCUUAAAGGGAAAGGAGAUCCCAAAACUCGUGAACUAAUGGUUAAGCUCUUGAAUGUCUAUCCUUCAAGGCUUCUGUAUCUUUUAUGUUAAUGGUGUAAUGGAGCUGAGCACUUAAAACACAGGAUGGAAGUCUUGCUUUCUCUGCCUCUACAAAAGCGCUUUUACAGUGAAAAUUGAAGUGAAUCCUUAAAUUCUCUAGAGACAAGGACACAUUCCAACCCAACAAGCCUACUUCCCCAAGUCAUGUGCCUGUUCCUUAAAUUGCCCUUUUUAGCACAUUUUAUUUCCCUGUCCCUAUGCAUAUUAGCUCUUGUCUUUUCAGGUGACCUAGAGCUGGUUAGGGCAGGUUAGAAGGGAAGUUAAUGUCAGAUGACUUGUGCUGUGCAGUUUCUCAGUUGGUUGCCCUACUCACUCCUCCCUAUCCUUAUGCAACAGAGGAGAAUUUGUAGGUACAGUAGGAAAUUGUCUCUGUUACCAGAGUUCUGGCCUUCUCUAACAGAUAAAUGGCUGUCUCAACCUAAUCUGGAGACCCAGAAUCCAGGACGCCACAAUCUCUAGUUCUAUCCCCCGACCAGGCCAAAUACCUUGAGGGCUUGUUGAGGGUUUUUGGUGCUCUCUGGUAACUAACUUGUUCUUUACUGACUUGCAACAAUAAAUAUAUGGUGUUUGAAUGAAGGCUAUAAGUCUUAAAUAUCUGGUUAGAUCGGCUACAAUGUAACGAGACUGUCAGCCUACUUCUUGGUACCAAAAACAAAGGCACUAAUUUUCUAUAAUGUACUCCUACUUCUAGCACAAUGAAGGGUGCAUUCUUGCCAAAAUGAGGGUUUUUUUUUUGUUUUUUGGGGGUUUUUUUUGGCUGCAGGCCUCUGACCUUCAACUCUCAGGUUCUUGUGGGUAAUGGACCCCACAUACUAAGUUCACUUUUUUUGGUGGUGAAAUGGUGUCGGCCUUAAAACUUAAGCAUGCUGGUGGACCUCUUUUGAUUAGCCCUAAGCCUAAUUUGAUCGUCUAAGAUAAAUUCACGGGUCUCUGUGUUCAGGGGUAAUAGCUGAUCAACAUAUAGACUUAAUCUUUCUGUUUCUGACUUUCCGCUCGACCAUUAUCAAACAUGAAUUAGAAAGUGUAUUGUGAUGUCAAAUGCCAUCCCAUGUGCGAAACUGAAGUUACUUUUAGAUCGUGAGAUUGUUUUGAAAGCUGAAACUGACACAUGCAGCCAGUCACCCAACUGUUCUGUACAUACUUAUCCUUCGUGCACUUUUCUGUAAUGCAAAUAAAGCUAUGAAUUUAUAAUUUCAAUAAACUGGAAAUGCAGACUCUCCUGUUCACCAUGA